UCAGUGUCUGAUGAUGAAUUUCCCCACGAAUCAUUAUCACUCAAUUCUGCAAAGUGGUUCUGAUUUACUAUCGCUGUUCUCUAGCCGGUCUAAAACCACUUUUGGCCUAAAGGGACGCUUUUUGGACGCCAUGGACGUUUCUCAGUUUCCAGGCAGAAAGAACGGUAAAAAUGCAGGCAGGACACAGGACAAAGCACUAGGGACAAAAUGUAUGUGAAAUGGGUUGAUACAGUAAUUCUAUACUAUGAAUAUUUUGCUAUGUAAUAAUUACAUUUUUUACAACUUUAAAAUUUGCCGCCGGUUCCAGCCCCCGUACGUCCCGAUGUCACAGGGACCGGAACACAGAAGCCAGAUGCCGGCAUCGGCCGGGGACGCUGCAGGAUGGAC